GUGUGUGUGUGUGUGUGCUCAGACACAGACAGUGAGUUUCACUCGGGUUUGGGGUAUAUGUGAGUAAGAUUACCUUUCAGGAGAAAGUGGCAUUGUUGAUCCACGUUGAUCCUCAUUUUUAUUUGUGCUGAAUAUUGACAUACAUGAUGUGAAAGGUUUCGUGUCAUGUACUUUUAGCGAUGUGUAUAUGUACUUUUGCUUUACUGGGUAUUUCCAUAUAAAUAAUUAUCGUACUUUGUAAAUAAUGAUUGAAAUAUGGUUAUGUACUUUUCUUAUUUGCAGAGAUGUACAAAAAAAUGUGUUUGUGGUCAUUUUAAACGCUUGUAGCUGUUUUCAACCUAUCUGAUUUUACUAAUUUAAUGGUCAGAUCACAGCCACAUCUGAGGGAGGAGAAUACAAUAUAAUGUACACAAGGAGACAUUGUAAUUAUAUCCUGUAGACAAACAGCGAUGUAGAAGAAAACAUUAAAGCUGCAGGUUGAGUUUCAGCUUUUAUAUAUAGCGCUCACAGUAAAUAACGCAUUCAAUACGGCACAGUAAACUGACACUUGACUUUUAAUUAUUAAAAGAUUAUAGUGCAAACCACAUUGCAAUUUUUAAUAUCUCUCAGAAAAAUCACAUUUAGAUUAUUCAGAUUCGUGCAGAAGUCUUGCUCCCGUUUAGAUCACUAUAGGACUUAACAUUCUGUCCCCUGUAUGUUAUGUAUGAAAAGAAGUGUGUGUGAACUGUGCCUGUUUCUCUCCGUGUAUGAACAGUGAUUAAGAUGAAGAUCCUAUUAAACUCCACUCAGGUGUCUUAUUUUAUUCUCGGAGCGUACGUGGACACCGGCCUCUUCAGAUACCUCUUCUUCCUGAUUGUGCUGUGUUUAUACGUGAUGAUCAUUGUUUCUAACGUGCUGCUGAUUGCAGUUAUCUGUAUGAACAGGAGUCUACAUGAACCCAUGUACCUGUUUGUGUGCAGCCUGUUUGUGAAUGAACUGUACGGCAGCACGGGCUUGUUUCCAUCUCUGAUGUUAAACAUACUCUCCAACGUCCACAUCGUCUCUGCCAGCUUCUGCCUCCUGCAGGUGUUCUGCCUCUACUCCUAUGGUGGUGUGGAGUUUUUCACCUUAGCCAUGAUGUCAUACGACCGUUACCUUGCCAUCUGUCACCCUCUGCAGUACAACACGCGCAUAACAGCCACUAAGAUCCAAUGGCUCAUUGCUGUGACUUGGCUGUAUCCGUUUUUCAACAACAUCUUCCUCGUGUACAGCAGGACCGCUCCUCUGCAGCUGUGUGGGAACAUCAUCAACAAAGUCUACUGCGACAACUACUCCAUCAUCAGGCUGUCGUGCUUUGACACGAGCCUGAACAACAUCAUCGGCCUGGCGCACAUGUUCACCGUCAUCUUCUGCCUCAUUAUGCUGAUCCUGUACACGUACAUGAGGAUUUUAAGAGUCUGUGUGAUGGGCUCCAAACAAGCGAGGCAGAAAGCGUUCAGCACGUGCGUGCCUCACCUGAUCUCGCUGUUGAACUUCUCCACCGGGGCAUUCUUCGAGAUUGUUCAGAGCAGGUUCAACAUGAGUCACAUACCCAACAUUGCACGCAUCGUCCUGUCAUUGUACUGGCUCACGUGUCAGCCACUCGUCAACCCGCUACUGUACGGACUGCAAAUGUCCAAGAUACGCAUUGUUUACAAGAACCUGGUAUUUAGGAGAAAAGUGUGAGUGAGCAACAAACAGACCAAACAAUCAAAGCAGAAUAGACAAAGUGAAACUGCUUUCAGAGCGGGGACUUGCUGUAUGUAAAUGCAAAAUAUUACUAGAACAUGAGGGCACAAGCGUCUUGCCUCUAAAAUGAACAGCUAUACAUUUUUAAUCUUGGCUCAUUCACAAACACAAGUGCGUGCUUUUAUUCUUGUUCUGCUUUUUGUCUAGUGUUUAAUGUUUUAAAUGUUCACAUUUAAACUGUUCAGAAAAAGCAGGUUGUUGGCAUCUCACUGCAUUUGCAUAAUGUGUAAUCACAUUAAUAUACUGUAUACUGAACCUGAGGAAAAUUAUAUCACAGUAGUCACUGUAAAUGAA